UCCCUCGUCACUUCGCUCCAGCUGGUGUCUUAUUUUGCGCACAGCCAGGCGCAGAGCAACAAAGCGACUUGCAGAAGCGAAGCGCACUAGGCGCGCUAGGGCUGGGGGGAGGACGAGCGGGACUGCAGGAGCAUGUCUGCUUCACCCGAAGUCAAACCUAAUCUCAAUCCCCCUGUUUCCAACGGAAUGGGAGCCAAAGCAGCACGGAGGCUGGUGGAGAGAGAGCCUUACCUGUCCUAGCUGUUAACUGAUGCAGCUUUAUGAUGCGACAUUAUGAACCAUUUGGAUCUGGUUCUUUGAAUAUGCAAGGACAUUUGCAGUGUGAGGUCAGGAGCAUGAUGCUCAGUCCUGACCAGCCCGAGCUGCCCUGGGGCCAAACCGACACGGAGGCUCUCCUCGACACUUGGAAAGCGCAGUGCGAGGCGGAGCCGGUGGAUGGAGAUGGGAAGGCGCGCCCCGUGCGUGUGACCGCCCUCAGCAGGGAGGAGAAGAGGCGGAGAAGGCGCGCGACAGCUAAGUAUCGAUCCGCGCACGCCACCAGGGAGCGAAUCCGCGUAGUGGCCUUCAACGUGGCCUUUGCUGAGCUGAGAAAACUGCUCCCAACGCUCCCUCCAGACAAGAAGUUGUCCAAGAUUGAGAUCCUACGACUCGCGAUUCGUUACAUCUCCUACCUCAACCACGUGCUGGAUGUUUAGGCUGUAACACGGUGAACAGUUGGAGAUUUCACUGAGACAUGAUGAGCAGCUGGGUUAUUUCAGGAAGCAACGCUAAAAUAUAUAUCAA